GGCUUUCAUUUUAUGGGCAAAAAUGAGAGAUAAAGCCGUAGAAUAACAAAGUUGAGAAACUAAGAAAGGAGCUGCCAAAUGCCUUUUCUUCUGCUUCCUUUUUGAGCUUUAAUACAAUGGCUGGCAAUCCAUUUUCCUUCAUCAAGGAUAUUAUUGCAAUAAAGACCCCCAAGAAAUCUACAUUGGUGCUUAGGAUGAUCGUCUUCGUCUUUGCAAUGGUGUGUGGCGUGUAUAUAUGCUCAAUUUGUCUAAAGCAAAUUAGUACUCACGGCAGGGCCGGAUUUCUUGAUGUCCCAGUGAUUCAAAAGCCAUGUCCAGAACCUCAAAUCGAACCAUGGGAAAUUCCUUAUGUUCACUACCCUAUACCUAAAACCUAUAGCAGGGCUGAAUGUGCACGUAAUCCUGUUCGAUAUUUCGCCAUUUUAUCAAUUCAGAGAUCCGGAAGUGGAUGGUUUGAGACAUUGUUAAACAAUCAUACUAACAUAAGCUCCAAUGGGGAGAUUUUCUCUGUUAAAGUUAGGAGAAGUAAUAUUUCAACUAUCGUUGAAACUUUGGAUAAAAUUUAUAAUCUUGACUGGCUCAGUAGUGCCUCAAAGAACGAGUGCACAGCUGCAGUUGGCCUAAAGUGGAUGCUUAAUCAGGGUUUGAUGCAGCAUCAUGCAGAAAUAGUAGAGUACUUCAAUGCAUGGGGAGUUUCCGUUAUAUUUCUCUUUCGAAGGAAUCUUUUGCGUAGAAUGAUUUCAGUUUUGGCAAAUUUGUAUGAUCGUGAUGCUAAGCUUUUAAAUGGAACUCACAAAUCUCAUGUGCAUUCACCCCAUGAGGUCUCUCUCUCUCUCUCUCUCUCUUACACGCGCAUCAUAAACCUCAGGACAGAGAAAAAGAAGGAGAGAGAAGCAAGACAAGAGAGCAUGGCGCAGUCAACGAACGGCGGUGAUUUGAACACGCAGCAGCAACAGCAGCAAUGGAUGCAAUCGCAGCAGCAACAGCAGCAGCAGUGGAUGGCCAUGCAAUACCCGGCGGCGGCCAUGGCGCUUAUGCAGCAGCAGCAGCAGCAGCAGAUGAUGAUGUACAAUUACUUGCCUUAUGCCUCUCCUCCUCCUCAUCAUUAUCAGCAGCAGCAAGCUCAGAUGCAGCAUCAACAUCAGAAGCAUCUGGGUUCCCCGGACGAGGUCAAGACAAUUUGGAUCGGUGACCUCCACCAUUGGAUGGACGAAGCUUACGUCCACAACUGCUUUGGUCACACUGGCGAGGUAUUCUCAGUAAAGGUCAUACGCAAUAAGCAGACUGGUCAAUCAGAGGGGUAUGGCUUUGUUGAGUUCUAUUCUCAUGCUACUGCCGAGAAAUUUUUGCAGACCUAUAAUGGUGCAAUGAUGCCAAAUACAGAGCAGCCAUUCCGUCUAAAUUGGGCGACCUUUAGUGCAGGAGAUAAACGAUCAGAUGCUGGUUCUGAUCUUUCCCUAUUUGUUGGGGAUUUGGCAGCAGAUGUAACAGAUGCCAUGUUGCAGGAAACCUUUGCUACUAGAUAUCCAUCUGUUAAAGGAGCGAAGGUGGUAAUUGAUUCAAAUACUGGUCGUUCAAAAGGUUAUGGAUUUGUUAGGUUUGGUGAUGAAAAUGAGAGGUCAAGGGCUAUUACUGAAAUGAACGGCAUGUAUUGUUCAAGUAGGCCCAUGCGCUUAGGUGUUGCAACCCCCAAAAAAUCAGCUGGACAUCAACAACAGUACUCCUCACAAGCCUUGGUGUUAGCUGGUGGGCAAGCAUCAAAUGGUGUCACACAAGGUUCUCAAUCUGAUGGCGAGUCAAAUAACACAACUAUCUUUGUUGGAGGGCUAGACUCUGAUGUCAGUGACGAAGAUCUUCGGCAGCCAUUUUCCCAGUUUGGCGAGAUUGUCUCUGUGAAAAUACCAGUUGGAAAGGGAUGUGGAUUUGUGCAGUUUUCCAAUAGAAAGAAUGCUGAGGAUGCCAUGCAAAGUUUGAGUGGAACAGUCAUUGGCAAGCAAACGGUUCGUCUUUCUUGGGGCCGCAGUCCAGCAAGCAAGCAGUGGAGAGCAGAUCCCAGUAACCAGUGGAAUGGGGGUCACAGCAGAGGGCAAGGCUAUGGUGGCUAUGGAUAUGUUGCGCCACAGACUCAGGGUCUGGGGAUAUAUGCUACAGCUGCAAUUCAUGGAGCCUCCUAGUCCUAAUGAGGGUGAAGCUAUCACAAAAUCGCAAGUAUUCUGAAUUUAUGAGAGUUUGCUGUAUUAAUUUAGUUACCAAGGACAUGAUUGAAGUAGGAUGGCUUUAGGUAGCUGCACCUCCUGUAGCUGGAUUAAAUUUUGAUAUCUUGGCCAUGUUUUUUUUUUAUCUUUUAAGAUUGUAUUAAUACUUCAUUUACAACUUCGAUCGUGGUGGAAGGUUAUGUCGUUGGGUGA